AUGCCCCCAGGGGAACCUAUCCUCCUGGCAGCGGCCUUGUCACCAGUCUCUCCUCAGCCAGUUCAUCCUCCCGCACCAUCCAACCUAGCCAUACUACGAAACCAGAACAAUCCCGCGUUCACCAUGACUUCAACCACUGAUCCCUCUGAGCCAACUCAAUCUACUGAUGCUGCAUCUGCCGACCCAGAACCAGAGCAGGCUGCGGACACACCCGCAAGCGACAUUUCGAAUUUUUCCGAUGCAUACAAGGAGCAGGCCGUAGAUGAAGAGGAAAUCAAGGAGAAAUCAGUCGAUCAAGUAGCGGAAGUCAGCGAUGACUAUGCCAUGACAUUUGAUUCGGACGGAGAAGAGGUUGCAGAUAGUCUGGAUGUAGCCGCGGCACAAGUAGAGCAGCCUGCAGUUUUGCAACCUGCUACAAUACCAGUUAUCGAUUGCAAUCAAUCUAUCUCGAUCGAGUCCUCUUCAAACGAUGUGCCGCAGAAUGGCCAGUUCGAAAAUCCCACACAGAACAAUUCCUCCUCCCUUCCAGCGCCUAUUGAAGCGCCUUCCAACCACUCCACAAGCCCAGCCGUUCAAGCUCCAGUAUCAACGGCCCCGGAUCCAUCCAACCAAUAUGAGAAUAUCGCAAAUGGUGGUGUUGACAUCCAGCAACUACUAGACAAUAUCACAGCCAACGCCGAAAGAAAUGAAGCCGCCUCAGCCCAAUCCCCUUCCUCCCAAAAUGCCAAUUCAUCAUAUCCCAAACCGAGCGUUGCGCUGCCCGCUCAUUCAAGUCUCCCACCACGCCCACUUGCCCAAAAUUAUGCACAAAACGAGGAUAUGCAAAAGUAUCAUGCCGGCCCUCCAGGUGUGUCACAAAACUCCUCAUAUAGAGCACCAGGCGGUGCUCCCCCUAGCAUAAGUACAAUUGGAUCAGGUAUGUAUAGAGAUCCGACUGGUGGUUUACCCCCUCCCCCUUCGUCGUCUUUCAGACAGCCAAUGCAGUCAACUGCCAGUCCCAAUAGCCCAUCGUUUAACCAAUUUGGACCACCUGGUCAAUUGAAGGGUGAACAGGGGGAUGAAGUUGAUGAUAUAGAUGCAAGAUGGGGGCCGGAAGUUCAGGCAAAGUAUGACGCUUUUCUUGAGAGGGAGCGGAAGAACGUUACGGAAGGCUUAUGGGAAAGAUUUGAAAAAGACUCGCGUUUGUUUCUUGGAAAUCUUCCAUCCGAAAAAGUGACAAAGCGCGACCUAUUCCAUGUGUUUCACAAAUAUGGUGAUCUGGCUCAGGUCUCAAUCAAGCAAGCAUACGGUUUUGUUCAGUUCCACACAGCCGAGUCAUGUCGGCGAGCUUUGCAAAAAGAGCAGGGCGUUGAGGUUCGGGGGCGGAAAAUACACCUGGAAGUUUCUAAACCUCAAAAGAACAGCCGAAAUGCUCAGCAGCAGCAGAACAAUGCUCGCCAAGACCGCUCUCCAGAUCGUGCUCAGCAAAGCCGUGGUGGGCAGCGUAGGAACAACGGCAACCGGAAUGGGAAUGACUCCUAUGAUGGUAGAUCAGAACCCCGCGAUGAUUACGGCCGUCAGUCGCGCAUGCGAAGAUCACCAAGUCCACCGCGAGGAGCAUUCCGUGGUCGGGAUGAUUAUGGUGGUCGUGGUAGAGAUUCAUACAACAACCGAGACGCUCGAAGGAGCCGCUCCCGAUCCCCCUAUAAUAACCGAGACAACAUCCGGUAUCGCGAACGCAGUCCGAGUCCAAGACGGAAUCAAAUGCAAGAACCUGAGCUCCAGAUUCCACGCCGUGAUUGGGAUAAGGUUCCUGAUGUUCAAAUUAUCAUGAUGGAGCAGCUAGACAGAGGUUUUGUUGAGUGGGUUGAGAAACAAUUCAUCAACCGAGGUCUGAAAACCGAAGUCAUGAUUCUCUCGCCUCGGGUCUCACUCGAAGCAGUUAUUCAACGACAAAUUCUCGAGAAUGUCCACGCUGUAUCACAACUUACGGUGCAGUCUCAGAGGUUCAAUAGAAUCCCAAUUCAAGUAUUCAAGCGCCGGGGAACUGCAGAAGUGCAAUGGGAAGAGUACGAAAAUCUUGAACCUCAUAUCGCAGCUGAGCUUGUUGUUCGCGAAAAGAAUAGUCAACCACCUCCUCAAGCGCCUCCAAUUCCUGCGCCUUAUCCUCCUCCUCAACAAUACGCUCCACCUCCAGAUCCUCGCUACGCCCCUGCUCCGUCUUUCCCAGCGGCUCCUAAUCUCCCUGCUACGACGAUUGAUCAGAAUACCCUACAAAGUCUCCUCGGCUCUCUUAAAGCGCACACGCAGAAUGCUCCAGCCGUAGCAGCCAAUUCCGCCGUCAAUCUCGCAGGUAACCAAGCAGUCGAUCUUGCAGCGUUGAUUGGUGGCUUACAGAACCAACAACGUCAACAGCAGCCCACUCCAAAUGCCUACGCCCCUCCGCCUGUUCAUUCGUAUAGUCCAUUACCGGGUCAGGCUCAACAGCCGAGUUAUAUGCAGCAACCUGGCCAGAUUCCGCAACAGAGUUAUAUGCCACAACCCGGUCAAAUACCGCAACAAGGUUAUAUGCCGCAAUCCGCUCCACCUCCGAGAGAGAAUGACCAGCAAGUCCAGAAUAUUAUGGCUACUUUUAUGCGGAAUCGGCAGUGA